UCCGAAAGGAAUUUUUGCGGAUUUAUAAAGUCGCGCGGUGGAGGAAGUCAUACUUCAGAAUUGCUCUUGCAAGUCGAGAAUAUAGUUUCGGAUCAUAAAUACAUACAUUUGUUUCUUUUAAAGUUUGCAGCAUGAAUCGCUUUCACCUGUUUGCGUUUUUAAUUUGGUAUAUAAUUGCGGACAGCAAAGCAAUAAUCAGAAUUCCUCUGCACAAGACACGCACUGUGCGCCGCACGUUGGCAGACAAUGGCAUGUCUAUUGAAGAGAUCAAAUCCAUGGCCAAGUUAUCUGGACAGACUGCCUCCACAACUCCAACCAUUCCCCCAACCAAACUACCCCCACCUGUGGAGAAACUCACCAACUUCAUGGAUGCCCAGUAUUUUGGAGUGAUCAGUAUUGGGACCCCUCCUCAGGACUUCACCGUGCUGUUCGACACUGGAUCAUCCAACCUCUGGGUUCCGUCUGUCCAUUGCUCUUUCUUGAAUAUUGCCUGCUGGUUGCACCAUCGCUACAACUCAAAGAAGUCGAGCACUUACGUCCAGAACGGCACCAAGUUUUCAAUCCAGUAUGGUAGAGGGAGUCUUUCAGGCUUUAUCAGUCAGGAUACAGUCACUCUGGCAGGGCUAAAGGUGCUUGACCAGCAGUUUGGUGAGGCCAUCAAGCAGCCUGGAAUUGUGUUUGCGGUGGCACGGUUUGAUGGUGUCUUGGGUAUGGGAUAUCCUGCCAUCUCUGUAGAUGGCGUCACACCAGUGUUUGACACGGCCAUGGCUGCCAAAAUCUUGCCCCAGAAUAUCUUCUCCUUUUACAUCAACAGGGACCCUGCAGGUGGGGUUGGAGGUGAACUGAUGCUGGGAGGUUUCGACCAACAGUAUUUUGACGGCGAUCUGCAUUAUGUCAAUGUCACAAGGAAAGCCUACUGGCAGAUCAAGAUGGAUGAAGUUCAAGUGGGUGGCACUCUUACACUUUGCAAAAGUGGUUGCCAGGCAAUUGUUGACACGGGAACAUCACUGAUCACUGGGCCGGUUCAAGAGGUUCGAGCACUGCAGAAAGCCAUCGGAGCAAUUCCACUGCUGAUGGGAGAGUACUGGAUUGACUGUAAGAAGAUUCCAUCGCUUCCUGUUGUUUCCUUCAACCUUGGAGGGAAGAUAUUCAAUCUAACUGGUGAUGACUAUGUUAUGAAGGUGACUCAAAUGGGCAUGAGCAUCUGUCUAUCUGGCUUUAUGGCUCUGGAUGUCCCGCCCCCCGCUGGGCCCCUGUGGAUUCUAGGAGAUGUGUUUAUUGGCCGCUAUUACACAGUGUUUGACAGGAAUGCUGAUCGGGUGGGCUUUGCUCCAUCUAAGUGAAGAGAGAGUGAAUCGCACUAUUGUAUCUGACCAUGGACCGUCGUCAUUAGUAGAGAAACCACUGUUUCCAUUUAAGUUGUUCAAUGUAUUCACAUUUGAAAUAUGCAAGAGAGGUCCACUGGGGAACACUGGGAAUAGGCUUUAAGUGAGAUUGCCCAAAGUACAGAAGUGAAACCAAAAUGAAAAAAGGAAUUAAGACAAUAUUGUUAAACUGGGGUUCCUCUGUACUUUUACUUCUUGUUUGGAACCAUUUGUUUUUAUUUUGCACUGAGUUUCAAUAGAUAUAUGCUUUUUUUUUAAUUUAUACUUAAGCUAUUUUGUAAUACAUUUAAUAAAGAUUGAAGUUUUGAAAGAAGAAUUGCUGGUAAAUGUAGGCUAGUACUCUGGUUGAACAGCUUCUGUGCUUGAUCUUGUAUUUAUCAUUCUGAUCACUGGUGUAUUAUAGUCCAUUUGCACUGCUGCCAUUUCAGAAGUAAUUAAUGGGAUUUCUGUUACUAGGUAACUCAAACUUGAUCAUGACUACUUGACUUUCUUCACUAUUUACUAACUAUUGAACAGUGUCACUAAAAUUUGUGUAUAAAGGCUUUCGAAGCUUGAGUUUUUUUAUUGAGAUUAUGUUUCUGACAACGUUUCUGGUCAUGAAAGCGACUUUCCUUAAUCUGGUGUAGGAUCAUAAACGGCUUAAGAAUAAACCGAUUGGCCCAUUACACUGAUUCUGGUUGCAUGUAAACACCUCUACCGGUUUAUCCAAUGCGUGCAAGUGUUUUGAGCAGUGCUGGACAAAGUGCUCUAAUCCUGUAGUUGAGUAAAAGUUCAGAUACACUGAUUAAGCCAGUAAAAAUAAAAUGACUUGCUUUCAAAUGUAUCAAGUAUCAAAAGUAAAAAGUACUGGUCUACUAAAGGUAUAGUUCACCCAAAAAUGAAAAUUCUCCUAUCAUUUACUCACCCCAUGCCAUCACAGAUGAUUGUUUCUUCUGCAGAACACAAACAAAGAUUUUUAGAAGAAUAUCUCAGCUCUGUAUAGUUCAAGUCUUUAACAUGCACCUUAGCCAUUUAAAUGUAAGCUCAGUUUUUCACAAUUCCCUGUUUUAGGUCAGUUAGGAUCACUACUUUAUUUUAUGAAUGUGAAAUGUCAGAAUAAUAGUAGAGAUAAUUAUUUAUUUCAACUUUUAUUUUCUGUCAUCACAUUCCCAGUGAGUCAGAAGUUUACAAACACUUUGUUAGUAUUUGUUAUCAUUGCUUUUAAUUUGAUUAUCUUGGGUCAAACGUUUUGGGUAGCUUCCACAAGCUUCUCACAAUAAGUUGCUGAAAUUUUGGCUCAUUCCUCCAGACCGAACUGGUGUAACUGAGUCAGGUGUGUAGGCCUCCUUACUUGCACACUCACUGUCAGGGCUUUGUGAUGGCCACUACAAUACCUUGACUUUGUUGUCCUUAAGCCAUUUUGCCACAACUUUGGAGGUAUGCUUGGGGACACCUGAGCUUUAACUUGCUGGCUGAUGUCUUGAGAAGUUGCUUCAAUAUAUCCACAUCACGUUCCUUCCUCAUGAUUUCAUCUAUUUUGUGAAGUGCACCAGUCCCUCCUGCCGCAAAGCACCCCCACAACAUGAUGCUGCCACCCCCAUACUUCACGGCUGGGAUGGUGUUCUUCUUGCAAGCCUCACUCUUUGUCCUCCAAAUAUAACAUUGGUCAUUAUGGCCAAACAGUUCGAUUUUUGUUUCAUCAGACCAGAGUUCAUUUCUCCAAAAAAGGUCUUUGUCCCCAUGUGCUCUUGCAAAAUGUUGUCUGGCUUUUUUAUGUCAAUUUUAGAGCAGUAGCUUCUUCCUUGCAGAGAAACCUUUCAGGUUGAAACUAAUUUAAAGGAAUAUUCCGUGUUCAAUAUAAGUUAAGCUCAAUCAACAGCAUUUGUGCCAUACCGCCAAAAAAAAAUGUGGACCCGUCCCUCCUUUUCUUUAAAAAAAAGCAAAAGUCGAGGUUACAGUGAGGCACUUACAAUGGAAGUAUGUGGCGGCAAUUUUGGAAGGUUUUAAGGCAGAAAUCUGAAGCUUAUUGUUUUUUAAUACUUGUGUAGUUGAGCUGCUUAGUUGUUUAUAUUGUCAUUUUUGCAGUCUUUUUAGGAUUUCCAGUGUUAUGUGGUCAUGAAAACAAAGUAAUAAUUGCCAUAACUUUACACAGAUUAGGUUAGUAGGCAUUUUUAUCACAUUAAAAACACUCAUAUUGUUUUUGUUUUGUGGCUGUACUUUAGAAACGGAGUAUUUUAAUGCUUAAAGAUUGGCCCCAUUGACUUCCAUUGUAAGUGUCUCACUGUAACCCAGAUUUUUGCUCUUUUUAAAGGAAAUACUCUGUUGUUGUAAUUAACAUAAUGCCACAAAUGCUGUCAAUUGAGCAGAACUUGUGUUAAGCUUGAUUCGUUUAAGGCGUUUACAUGACCACACACAAUGAAGGCCUGAGCAGAAUCGUGAAGUGUUUUGUAUAUUUUGCCUUUUUAAUUUCCUCUUUCUAAAAGCACUUUCCCAUAGCUGAUUUCUCAAACCUGAACUUAACUGCUCAGUUGAAAGUCAGCAAAAAUAAAUGUGUAAGGAAUCCAGUUCAAAGGAUCUACAGGUCUGGAAAUUCCUCAACUCCUAAUUCCUGCAUACAAAUAGCUUUUAAUAGUAUUUGUAGACUCCGAUUCAUUAGUUUUAUGGAGCAGAUUACACCCAUUUAUACUGUACUCAAUGCUUAUUUGGGGUUAGAAAUUGUGACUAUUGUGUUGCUGCAUACUUCACUUAUUCAGAUGACAGCCAUUAAUUUAUGGCAUCAGUUCAUUACUAGGCUGUUCCCAGAGAAUUCUCCCAAGUGUCCAUGAUUAUAUCUAGCGUCGGUUUAGUCUCCCAUUCAUUUAAUAUGACACAUCAGACAUGUCUCCAAAUUGCACUAAAUGGAUGAACUUAAGUCAUCUCAUUGAAACUAAUUAUAUUUGCCUUUUUCCCCAACAAAGAUCUCAUUUUGAAUCCAGCAAAGCUGAUUGGGUUUGUAGAAAACUCUGUUCUGCGGGGCCAAAAAAAAAAAGAUGUGUUGAGAUUAGUUGAAAUCUUGAUCACCAUUAAAUCAAAGAUUGUGUGUAAAUUGCAUUUUAUAUUGAAUUGUGUUCCAACUUCAAUAAAGGUUCA